UGUAUCUAUCGCGUCGUUUAUUAUCAACUAUUUAUUAUCCAGUUAUCUGUUCUUUACCGUAUGCACUUGACCUCGCACAUUUUCAGUACUUCUUUUGCGAAGUCAGUUCGAAGUUAUAAACCUCCUCGGGCUUGAACUUAUCGACGUAACAUAUUCUAUUGCUUCAUACUUUUUCGCUGAUAACUCAGAACGCCUCCACGUGGUUGAACGACGAACGAAUAUGGAAUCGUGUUGUAUGCUCGAGGUAGAGCAAUAUGCUUGACUCGUCUCAAAUGGAUCAUGGCUGAAAAUAUAUCGAGAUCGAUCGUUAAAGAGAUAGUCGAUACAUGCCUAAUCUCGUUAUAUAACACAUGAAAUAAUGGAAAAAAAAACAAAACAUUUUCGAAUAUGAAUAUACAAUAAAUACUUUUUUCCUGAACAGAAUGCAUGCUUUUUCUUAUACGAUGCCGAUUUUCGUUUGACAGUUUUGUACAGCAAGAGUAAAAAAAAAAAGAAACAAAAUAAACUGUAACAUGUACAAUGAAAAAAUAUUUUUGUUUCACUGUACGCAAUUAUGAUUAUUGUUAAUGAUACGGUAGAAAGAAAAAAUAUAUCAAAAAUGGAAAAAAUAGAGCAAUGUAAUAUUGACAGCAAUGAUAAAAGUGAUGGAGAUGAUGAUGGAAAUAACGAUGGUGAUGGCGAUGAUGAUAAUGAUGAUGAUGAUGAAGACAAUGAUGAUAAUGAUGGCGACAAUGAAGAACUGGAGAAAGAAGAUGUUGAUGCUGUACCUGAUGAGAACGAUGAGAAUCAUAACAAUAACGAUAACAAAUAUUAGUAAUAAUAACGCCUGUUAAUUACACAUCAAUUACAACACACUCACAUUGUUCCGAUUAAAAUGCAAAUUUGCUAUCUUUGUCAAAGAUCAAAAGAAUAGCAGGAAUCAUCUUUUUCAUUACAGUUCUCGGUAGUACAGCUCGGAAAGCUAUUUAACAAGAAUGAGCCAUGCUAAUAUAGGAAUGAAGGUGAAUGCAAAUAAUUUGCCAAAUAUACGACACAGAAAAUCAGAAAAGAAAUUUUACGUGAGCAGAAUGGUGGGACUAGAUAGCGAUGAAUCACUUCGAUCGAAUAUUUCCGAUAUCAUGGAAGUGGAGAUGAAAACUGACGAAGAAACGGACAGCGAUGGGGAACAUACACAGCGACUUAUACCAUCGCCAACUGAUCACGAAUGUAUCAACGAUGAUGCAAAAAAGUCGAUCACACGAGACACUCAAUUUAGGCAAUUCAAAGAUGAGAAUGUCUGGUCUAUGUCUAUACAAAUGUUUGUGCCUUUUUUGUUAGCUGGUUUUGGUAUGGUGGCUGCAAGUAUGUUGCUGGAUGUUGUACAGCAUUGGCCAGUAUAUCAAACGGUAUCCGAGGUGUACAUAUUGGUGCCAGCACUGCUUGGCUUAAAAGGGAAUUUGGAAAUGACAUUAGCUUCUCGAUUUUCAACUCACGCAAACCUUGGACACAUGGAUACAAAGAAACAGCAAUGGACUUUAAUCGUUGGAAAUCUUGCUUUAAUACAGUGUCAAGCAACUGUAGUGGGCUUACUGGCUUCUUUAGCUGCUAUUAUACUUGGUUGGAUUCCCGAAGCACAAUUUGACAUUUACCAUGCGCUUUUGUUGUGCGCCAGUGCCUUAGUUACUGCAUCCAUAGCAAGCUUUUUAUUGAGCUUGGUGAUGGUUGCAGUUAUACUGUUAUCCAAACAGAUAAACAUCGAUCCAGAUAAUAUAGCUACACCGAUUGCAGCUUCUCUUGGUGAUUUAACAACUUUGAUGCUUCUUUCAGGAAUAGCAUCUCUUCUGUUCAAAGCAACAGAAUAUGCACCAUGGAUAGCACCGAUGUUAAUAAUAUUUCAUGUCAUUGUCACGCCAGUUUGGUAUUAUAUUGCAGCUAAGAAUCCAUUUACAAGGGAAAUAUUAGAUUAUGGCUGGGCACCUGUGAUAUGUGCAAUGUUAAUUAGCAGUAUGGGUGGUUUGAUACUAGAUUAUACAGUAUCCAAUUAUAAGGGUAUAGCAGUAUUUCAAUUAGUAAUAAACGGUGUUGGCGGUAAUUUAGCCGCUGUUCAGGCUAGUAGAAUAUCGACAUCUUUGCAUAAGGAUCACCGAUCUAACAGUCAAGAAGCACCCACUGUUCGUUUUAAUCCGUUCUACGUUUUCUGUACCAAAGGCGGACAUGCAAGGACUGCUAGAGUUUUAUUAACAAUGGUAAUACCUGGUCAUUUAAUAUUUAGCUAUACCAUUAGUUACCUUCAAGCUGGUCAUACUUCCUUUACGCCCAUAUUUCUUAUUGUUUAUUUGACUGCCGCUUUAGUACAGGUAAUAUUGUUGUUAUAUAUUACGCAAUUAAUGGUUGUAUGGAUGUGGAUACGAGGGAUGGACCCAGAUAGUUCUGCAAUACCAUAUCUAACUGCAGCAGGUGAUUUGUUAGGUACGGCACUAUUAGGAAUCGCGUUUCACAUACUGUAUGCCAUCGGAGAUGGAGAUUCUGAUGUCGGAGAUUGAUUGGACUUUAUAUUCAAAGUUCGUGUGAAAUGUUGAAAAUGUACAGAACAAAGUACAAUCCUAUGUCAUGUUUGAUCAAGUUUGGAACAUUCAUACAAUUCCUAUCCUUGUAUGUUCCACAACAAAUCAUAUUAUUUUUGCCUUUUGCUUUUUCACAUUUUCUUUAGUUUUUUUUUUCUUGUUUUUCAUUUUCCACUAUACAGUUUUUUUUUUCCUUGCUUUGAUACAAAAAGGAAUAAAUGUUACAAACGAACAGAAGUUAUCUAAGAGCAAAUUGUUUCAAUGUCAAUCAUUUUAUAGGCAAUACAUUCAUGAAGUUUACACGUGUGAUCGAAUUGUUCGAUUUUUAAACGUCAAUACGUACUUUUACGUAUUUCUACGCGUAAGUUACUAAUGUAUAAAAAUACCUACUUAUCGUUUGUACUCUAACGCAAACAUGUAUAUACAAACAUUAUCGAACACGGCGUUCAUUUCAAUUGCCAUUAAAUUUAAAGCGAGCACGCUCACCAUAUCGUAUCUAACGAAACAUGCUCAACUAUUUUGUACCAAAUACUGUACUUAUCAGUCGAAAUAAAUUCGACUCAAAUGCA